AGAGAGAGUGAGCGAGAGAGGGUGAGACGAGCUGUCCCGCCGCAACCGGUGGCGAGCGCUUUCGACGUCGUCGCCGGUGCCCGCCGAAACGGGGUCAGCGCAGCGAGAGAAACUCUCCGCGGCCGCCGUUACAGGCUGCGAAGCAAAAUCCCGAAAGACCAGUUGGCGGCGAGCCAGUCUCACCAGCGCCCGUAUAAAACGCAAGCCGGUUUGCGCGGGCGUCUCUCUCCUUAGCGCAGCGCACGUCCGCGGGAGAGCGAGUUCGAGGCAGAUACCGCUAGCCGACGGCCGGCAAACAACGGUCGCGACAGCCUCCGGCAGAGGCGAGAGAGCAACAGCCACGUUGCCACUGCGAUAGCCUUCACGACCACAGGACGACCGAGUGCCUCCGCGGACGGCUGUUUCUUCUGGAACGGGUGCAUCCGGGAAACAUGGCGUCGACCUGACCGGCCGGCGUUCCGCCCCCAUUGCGCGUCUCUUCGCAAGUAUAGUGACUUGUAACGAAGGAAGAGACAGGAGGCCCUGGUCAUCUCCGUGACCGCUUCGCGCCAUCCCUGUGCCAGUGAGAGUGAGUGAGGUGACGAAGUAUUGUGCAAGUGACACGACAUUCGGCGCUUAUCUGUCUCCGAGGUGCGCGCCGGCAGGAUUUUGCGCUCUCAUCUCGCUCGGCAUCGUCGCGUGCUCCUGAAGGGCGCGGGGAGGUGACGCAGUCGUAACCUUGCGAGGCCGACGUGCUGCUCGUGUUUCGGGAGAAAAAGGAUUGCAUCGCUGUUACGUUUUCUUUCCCACACCGAAAGCCGUCCAGGGACCGAAGAACGGCCGGAUAAUGCAGCUCAGGUGGACCCUCGUGGCGAUGGCUGCCGCAGUGCUGUCGGCACCAGGCCUGGCUGAGGACCUGGCGCGCGUGAAACGCCAGUCACGGCCGCCGCAAGACCCUUCGCACGACCCCAACUACAGCGUGUUCGUGCGGGCGCUACCGCCGAACGCCAACCCUCCUGCAGGGCCCCAGCCGCCCAACAGCCCGGUCCGCUUCGCGAACGACUUCGCCCAACCCGCACAGCAGUCGCCGCCGCCCCAGUUCUCGGUGCGCAACCAGCCCCAAUACCAAUUCCAGCAACAGCCGCAGCAACAGCCACAGCAGCAGCAACAGCAGCCGCAACAGCAGCUGCAGUUCCAGUUCAACCGUCAACAGCAGGCGCUGUCCCCGCAACAGCUCUUGCUUCAGCAGCAGCAAUACCAGCAACAACAACAGCAGCAACAGCAGCAACAGCAGCAGCAGCAGCCGCAACAACAUCAGCAGCAGCAGCAGCAACAACAGCAGCAGCAACAGUUUAGGCAGUUCCAGCAGCAGAACCCGCAGCCACAGCCGCCGCCACAACUUUCGGUACAACAACCGCAGCAACCGCUUCCCCAUCAGCAGCAACAGGUGUUCAAUAAUCAACAGCAACAACAUCGCCAGCAGCAACAGCAGCAGUUUAUCAGUCCGCAGCAGCAACAGCAGCAGUUUCCUCAGCAGCAGCAAUUUCCUCAGCAGCAUCAGCAACAAGUGCCUCAACAGCGCCAGCAAUUUAGCUUUUCCGACGGAAAUCAGCAGGCCAACCUAGGCUUCGCGUUCCCGCAACAGGCGCCCGUGACGCCGUCAACCACACCGAAGCCACCUCCAUCGUUGCAGUCCUUCCCGAGACACUCGUUCUCAGUAUCCUCUUCGACGUCAUCCGAGGAUGCUCUGAGGCAAGGUAAGAUCGUCGGCUCUAUUCAGCCACCCGCUCAGGUCAUCCAGAAAUCGCCGGCUUCUGAAAUCGAGUCCAGCAAGCAAGCCGAGGCCAAAGACAAGGCUGCCAAAGGCAAGGACAAAGAGAAAGAUGAGUACGUGGUCUACUACUAUUACUACUACGACGAUGACAACAAGAAGAAUUUGUCCCUUAAUUUCGACGACGUUCCCAGCCUGGAAGGUUUUGACAAGACCGAUGGUUCCAAGCUGAAGGGUAAGGGUUCCAGUCAAAGGCUGGCUUCGCCUAACCCACAGAACAGGUUCGAACCCAAGACAGUCACAACGAGCCCUCCGUCAGGGCAACAACCAGCGCCACCUCCUGCUUUCCCUCUGGAGCAUGGUGUCACAUCUGCUCCCCAGACUGUCACCCAAGUCUCGGUGUCAGUCUCCGUCUCCGAAGGAACGCACGUUUUGCUUCCAAGUCAACCGUUUGAGGCUAAACGUCCACCGCUUGAGGGCCCACCAAGCCUGGAAUUCACGGGAGCUAAACUCGUACCAGAUCCAGGAGUCCCGAUUGGUCCUGCACCUGAUGUUCGAGGACUUGUCACGCCUCAAGGUUCGCUUGUAUCCACAGUGUCACCGCCGACGGACACGCAGGGAGCUAACGAGAUCAGCGGCAGGAAAGGAGCGGCCGACCUCUUGACUACAUCUGUGGAGACCACUACUCCGACGACGACCACAACGACAACAGAGGCACCGACCACUCUGGCGCCGACGACAACCACAACUGAGGAACCGACGACCACGACUGAGAAGACGAAGAGGCCUUUCGGAAACAGGAGGCGGUUCGGAGGAGCGCACGGGGCAGGUGCGCACGUCAGGGCGCCCGGUUCCCGCAAGUCGCACACCACGUCCACCACGACGACGACACCAGCCACAUCAUCCACGCGGAGACUGCUGGGAGGACUGCGGCGCAACCGGCCGACGCCACGAUCGCCGUCUAGCAGGCUCCAGUUCGGCCGGCGUCCUUCGCCGAUACACUCGCGGCACCAGAAGGAAGAAGAGCCCGAGGAAGAGGAGAGCACGUCGUCGCCAGCGGAUGCAGAGCCGACGACGACCACCGCUGCGCCUGCAAGCAACGGCAAGAAGCGCUUCGGCGGAAGCAGCCGCUUCGGUGGAAAGUCUGCGAGGACGAGGACCUCCAGCACGGCGGCAUCUUCGACAACGGCAGCACCCAAGAGACCCGGAGCUCGACCCAGCUCGGGCGGCCUGUUCGGACGCACCAGAGGAGGUCCCAGGCCCCGCACGUCGUUCACCCGCCACCGACCUGGACACAAGAAGGUCGAGGAGGAAGAGAAGCCGGAAGAGAAUGAGGAGUCGUCGCCGGUGACCACGCCGGAAAGCAAGGAAGAGGCUUCGGCGGCAUCUACCGAGACGGCCUCCAAGCACGAGGAAGCGGCGGCUGCUGCCUCCGAGUCGGAGGUCACGUCUGAGGAUAGUCACGCCACGGAGGCGCCCGCCGUCACGCCGGAGAGCAAGCCGGCGCAUGGCCGGAGUCGCUUCGGGUCCAGACCGCGACCCGCGCUCUUCGGAGGUAACCGGCCGCGACCAGUCCUGGGACGAUGAGUGGUGAACCGUGGAAUGCGCACGUGAGAUCACGAGAACACAUGUCGUGAGACUCUUUUUCUCCCCCCCUCUUUUCACGCGCAGUGACCGUGGCCGUGUCAAUGGUGCGAAGCAGCGGUGGCACAGAGCGCGGUCGAUGAGCUCACACCAAGUCGCCAGCCCUGUUGUGUUGUACUACUAUUUUUUUUUUCUAACGUCGCCCCCUUGACAAGGCCGCAGUUCAGCAGCACCAGUCGUGUGCGCCAGUGCUGUGGCUCGCGAUCACUGUUCGGGCAAUGCGUGAAAGUAUCGCUUCUGUCGUUUCGCCUUAGUCCACCCGUCAAACUAGUGCGGGAGGGACCUCAACUCUGUGACUUCCUGUUCGCAUUAUCAGCAGAGCAAUCAGUGGCAAUGCGCCGGAACCAGUCCAGAAGGCCAGACGCAUACGUAGUAAGAGUGCGCGCAGGCAGAAAGAAGGCCAGCAAUUUGCUGCAUAAACAAAAACUACUUAACGUCUAAUUGCUGACGGUGUUCGUCACGAAGAAGUAACAACACAUUAUGCAGACUUCAUGGACGUUCUCAAUAAGAGGGAGUCACGUUAUGAGGACAUCGCGUCAGAACGUAUACGUAUGACGGCAUGCGCCGCCGGCAAAUGAUGGCACUGCUGAUCAGAUUUAUAUAUAUAUAUAUAUAUAUAUUUCUUGCGCAGCUUUCGAAGAGCAUUACAGUGAAGCUGCACACCGUUUCUUUUCAACCUAUAGACCAUUUCGAGACAGAGGCAGACAAUUCAGGAGGCUCUGCUCAAAGUUGUUCUCCGCCGCUGCCCGAGGCUAUUCUUGUCCAAAAGAGUUUCUCGGAGUCAUGUGCAAUGUUUCAGAAAAUACACCUCGGCAAGGUAACGCACUAAGCUUUAUGCCUGCGGAGUACUCGGAAGUGCACUGUACCCUGUAAAUACUACUGCAUACUGCGCACCGCUCUGUACUAAGCCGUUACAUGCUCACGUAUGUCACAUGUGCCGCGAAGCAUGUGAUGCAAGUGACUCUCAGCGCAAUGGCCUGCCAACGACAAUCUAGAGAGUUGUCCGUUCGUUUCAGAGCCAUGUUGAGACACACUUGCAUUAGGUAGCCCUGACGACAGCUUCACUGCAACGACGAUGACGCCGGUGGUUUUCGGUAGAAACUACAGCGGUUUCUACCAGUGAACUCUCGCGUUGCGUUAAACGUAUGCGCUGACGUCAACGGAAGAAAGCGGCCAACAUUCUACGUAUGACUGUACGAGUGCUUUGGUUGUUGUACGUUUUUUUUUUUGUUUGUUUUUUUCGCAAGAGGAUUUCAUAAAGCGUUAUUUUGCUUACGGCU